AUGCUUAUUCUACUACUAUUUCUAGCACAUUUGUUGAUGUCAGAACAAUCAGAAGACUUCGAUAACGCUAAGAUUCUCGGGUUACCACGAUUAAUCUGCUCGAAAAAAUCGCUAACAUUUGAUAUUGACACCAAUAUUCCGUUCCAGGGAAGGAUAUCAGUUAUGAAAAAAAUACAUAGGCAAGCUUGUGUUCGAGACUAUUCCGAAAAUAUUCAAAGGAAUGCCACUUUUAAGAUUGAAUUGCAACAUUGCAUGGAGCUAACUUAUUUAAAUAAUGGUACUCGUGUAUUUUCCGCACAAAUUGAGGUCGGAUUUCAUCCAUUGGUGAUUACCAGCAAUGACAGACUAUUCUCUGUAAAAUGUAUCGACAACUCCCAUGCUGUAGCGCAUAUCGCAGCGAAAAAGGAGGACAAAUGCAUUGUGGAUUCUGAACUAAUGGGAGAAAUCGUCUAUAAUAAUUUUAUGCCAAAAAUAUUUGCACGUGCAAAAAUGUUCAAAUUGAUGAAUGACGAAAAGUACCGUAUUGAAUGUCAAGUACAAAUGUGUACAACGGAUGGAGUUUGUAAGGAUCGAAUUUUCCCUCCAAAGUGUGCUUUCACAAAGGAGGAAAUUCUCAGCAGAUACAUGGCGAAACCAAAACCGGACUCUAUAGAGGAUACGAUAAUGACAGGCACCAUUAAUAAUCAGUACGAGCGACAAGUGAAGGUGGUUAGUGAAUGGAUAACCGUACAUAACAAUCAAUAUACGAAUAUUGAACUACUAAAUGAAAGGUAUUAUUUGACUACCAUAAUGAACGAUAAGAUGGAAGAGCCAAAAAUUCAACAACCUAUGCGUCAUUUCCUUAUGGGUAUAUCAUACAGGAAUCCUAAACAGAACGAAACUGAAAAGGAUGAGUCAACCGGUAAAGAUGGCGCACCCAUAGCACUGAUUCAUCCAUCGCCCUCAUUCCGACCAGACAGUGGUUUUGCAGGUUUGUCGGAGACAGAUGAUGGCGAGGAAACGAAUGCGUCUGGAAUGUCCGAGCAAAAUGUCGGAGAUUCAACACCAGUUAUUUUAGAGUCUGAGUCAUCGUCGACAAAGACUACGACGAACGAGAAGAGGGAGCUGAACACCUCUGUUGUCAAGGAUAAAUCGACGCAGUCAUUCACAAUAACUACAACAACAAAAUCAAGUACAUCUACCAAUAGAUCUUCAUCCAAAAUCGGCUCAAAACCGAACACAACCAUUUCUCGUCUCACUACUCAGAAAUCCAAGAACAUCACAACUCCUUCUGCAUCAAUAACAUCCAACAAAGCUGCUACCACCUCCAAAGCUUCUUCAACCAAACAAACAUCGUGGAGGGGCAGCCGCAGUUCUACGGCGAAGCCGUUCCCGAAAGAGGAUAUUACUGGAAGUUCUGAUCAGGAUCCACUAAACAGUCGUGAAACAGCAGCUACUUUGCAUUUUUAUGCUAAUACGAAAUCCUCAACUGUUCCUUCUACGACAAUUAUGCGAUCACACCAAGCUCCAAUUAAUUCUCAACAUGUCUUUCCAUCUGAUGCUUCCAUCGUAGGGAACAAGAUAUCCCGGCAGAAGCUUGACAUCGAUAAAACUGAAGAGGUGACAAUUGUUUCGGAAACCAGUGUGUCUUCUCAUACCGAUGGUAGUUUAAACACAGUAAUAAAAGAGAAAUUUGCUAAUCUUCGUGAUUGGCGAUUGGAUGAUAGAACAAUAAAUGAUACUGAUAUUUUGCCAGAAAGACAAGUUGCUUGCACAAAUGCAACGAUUAUCGCUACUCCACGAAAAUGUUCAUGGUCUGGAAUAGAACAUUUACUUGUAAUCUGGUCCUUUGCAUCACUACUUGUUUGGAUUGUUAUGAUUGCAAUCUGCUUCUAUCGGCAGGCAAAUAAACCGACCUGGGUGGAGUUCAGAGAACGUGAAUUACAACGUAUGGCACAAUCUCGUGUACUUCAACAUGACCAUCCUUGGAUUCAUGCGGACGCUUUUGAAGAAACACGAAGUAAAAAUAAGAAUGAACUUACAAUGAUCCAAGGAACUUUCUAA